AUGUCGGCGCGCGCCGCUUCGAUGGCGAACCUGCACGCGCCGGCCGGCGGCGCGAGCGACAACCACGCGCACAUGGAGGCGCGGCACAAGGCGCUGGUGGCGGGGCAUGUGGGGGGGUCUGGGGGGCUGGGCAGCUCUGAAGACCUGUCCGAAGAAGCAGAGGAGGAGGAGCAGGCGCGCGUGGGCGCGGCCGCGUCGCCGCCGGUGGCGCUCGGGGGGUCGUCGCCAUUCGCUGCGGCCUCCGCGCAGCGGGAAGGGGGCGCGCCCCAGCCGGGGCGCGCCGCGGCGGCGCCGGCGCCGGCGGCGGGCGGCGCGUCCAAGGGCAUCCUGGAGUGUGCUGCUGAGAGCCUGCGGCAGUACGUGUACCGCUGCCAGAGCGCCAACAACCUGGACUCGCUGCGCGCCGCGGUGCUGAUGCAGCCGCCGGAGCCGAGCAACGCGUGCUUCGAGCCGGGCGGCCGCUUCCACAACCCCCAGGCGCCGCCGCCGCAGCAGGCGGCCCCGUUCGCCAAGGCCGCGGCCGGCGCGGGCCCCGGCGCCGGCGGCGCCGCGCGCGGCGGCAGCAACGACAGUAGCCGUGGGUCCGGCGCCGCCGACGCGUGCGGCGCGGCGCAGACGAGCGGCUACAGCGGCAGCGGCAGCGACGGCCGCGCGAGCCGCGACAGCGGCAGCGGCAGCGGCGCAUCGUCGGAGCUCUCUGCGCCGACGCCCAUGGCAGUGUCCCAGCUGCCAGACGCGGCGCCGCCUGCGGCUGCAGCGGCGGCGCUGCCAGCGCGCGCCCUGAAGGGGUGCAUGCACUUGAUGAAGCCGUCCAAGGCGUGA